AGUAGGUCCACUUUUGAAGCAACCAAAUGAACAUGCAUCGCGGCGUCGGUCUCGCUGCUUUUGACAAAGAACAACUAUCACAGCGUUUUGCAGAACUGUCUUCAGAGCUCUCGAAAACUCAGGUCGAUAAUCUACAGUCACAACUAACACAAUUCCGAACUGCCCUGUCGCACUUCGCAACGACACACAGAGAUUCAAUUCGUAGCGAUCCAGCUUUUCGUCAUGCAUUUCAGCAAAUGUGCUCGUCGAUUGGCGUAGACCCCCUCGCUGGACCAAGGAAGGGUGGCUGGUGGGCAGAAAUGCUUGGGAUGGGCGAUUGGCAGUAUGAGCUGGGAGUUCAGAUAGUAGACGUGUGCGUAAGCACAAGGGAGAGAAACGGGGGCGUGAUAGAAAUGGGGGAGCUUGUACGUAUGGUCAGCAAGCUGCGCGGCGUCGAGAGUGGUGUCAUUACAGAGGAAGAUGUUCUAAGAAGCAUCAAGACACUUCAACCGCUCGGCGCUGGAUACGAAGUGCUUGACGUUGGUGGUGGAAAGAAGAUGGUGAGAAGCGUGGUCAAGGAACUAGAUGCAGAUCAGGCUGUAAUUCUUGCGGAAGCACAAGUAGAAGGAGGAUGGAUUGUUGAAGCAAUCCUGGAGAACCGUCGAGGAUGGACGGGAGAACGUGCUCGAGCUGCUCUGGAGAACAUGCUUCUUCGAGAUGGCCUUUGCUGGCUGGAUUCUCAAGACGAGCACUAUGGGCAAGCCUAUUGGAUUCCGUCUGCCAUGCGUUGGGACGAGUAAUUCUAUUGCUCACCAAGAAAGUUCAAUUGCAAUCGAAUCGGAUAACCGCUUGAUCAGAGGCUCGAUCGUCGAUAUCCGUACUACCGCCUCCUACAUUUCGGUCGAAAGGACGCGGAGUAUAUUCGGCGUAGAAGCAUGCACUCGUGACUUUAAAGCGUUUCACAUGGUGUUGGAUGACGUAGACUAUGCAACACGCGAAACGAAGACAAGACAGGGAACAUACAUAUCAUGUCCUUCGCAAUGAUAGGCUGGUUGAGAAACUUUCUCGCAUAACACUUUCGUUGUUCUGCCAUUAUCCAUGGGUACUGACUCUCCCGUAACCCUGAUCAUGUGGCGUUGUUCAGAGUAUAUGGGGUUUGGUGGGCUCUUCUGAGCAGCACGGCUGUCGCAUACUUAUAGUUUGUUGUCAUUUUUUCAUUGACA